ACAAGUAAAAGAAUCGAAUUAUAAAAAUGGGUACUAAUACACCCCCAAAUAUAUCUGCAAGGAUUUUCUAUGGUUUGCGAACGGAUAUUCAAUAUAAUGCUCAUUAUAUGACUGACUCCGAGAUUAUAUAUCCAGCCGGUGGUGUUAUAGUGAUACACAACCACAUUCAAAAGAAACAGAAGUUUAUCAGACUCCAGGAUAAACAUAAGCCUAUCAAGUCGUUAAUAUUGGCGCCAAACAGACGGUGGCUAGCUUUGAACGAAAUAGCUGAAGAGGGUCAAAAACCUAUAAUAACUAUAUACGACCUAACAACAUAUAAGAGACGUAAAAUACUAACUGUGCCGUUUGAAAAUUCAACGGCGAGAGAGUUCGCCUGCGUCCAAUUCACGUUCGAUUCGAAAUACUUGGUAGCGAUAACUGGAGAACCGGACUGGUAUUUGUAUUAUUACAACUGGGAUAAGGGAAAAGUUGAGAGCCACGCUAAAGCUCAAAAUCCUAGCGCUCAAGGAACUGUUGAAAGCGUACAAUGUAACCCUUCAGAUGCAACUCUUGUGGUUAUAACAGGGCCGUCUACUUUUCGAAUUAUGAACGUAGCAGAAACUGUAUGGAGGCAAUGGGGUUGGUGUAAAGCUGAAAAUAUUAACGUAACAGCUUGCAUGUGGUUGACCCCUGAUCGUAUCAUGUUUGGAACGGAUAACGGAAUCAUCAUGAUGGUGGAAAACGGCGAACUGCGACAAAACUGCAUAUUUCGAGCCCUUGAUAUAACAGAAAUGUCACUUAAAAAAGUUGAUGCUGAGGCUGCAGAAGGUGAAAAGACCAGCUCAUCCAGAGAAGACGGAACUGUUAGUGAACAGGGCAUUAUUGAAACUGAAAGUUAUCCUGUUGAACAUUUCACAAAUUUUGCGAAAGGAUUUGCUUUCGCCUGUGGCCAAGGAUACGUUCAUAUGUUUGAGAAAGAAACCCCUCAUCACUGGCGUAAAAGGAAUGUGUAUAGAAUUUCGAAAAAGUCGUACAAACAUACCAGAGAACAUCCACUAUGGUCACCUCUAGAUGCCAUUCAACAUAUAACAAUUGAUCCAAAUCAGGAGACACUUCUUAUAACGACGCUAAGAAAGCAACUAUACUAUGUGAAACUAUUCGGACAGCAUAUGCUUCAGAAUCCAGAAAUCCCAUUUUCUGAACUUGGUCCUGCUAUGCAUUACGGUCGGAUUAAUUCCUUAUCGAUGUGCGCUUGGAAACCAAUAUUUAUGACAUCCGGUGAACAAGACAAGAGUAUUAGAGUUUGGAAUUAUAUGACCGACGAUGUGGAAUUGAUUAAAUUGUAUCAAGAGGAGAUACAUUGUGUGUCCUUACAUCCAACUGGACUUUUUGCGAUCGUGGGAUUUUCAGAUAAGUUACGUUUUAUGGUGGUUUUAAUUGAUGAUUUUGAAGUUAUGCGUGAAUUCCCCAUUCGUAAUUGCAAACGUGCAAAAUUUAGUACGAACGGUCAUCUCUUUGCAGCUGUUAACAGUCAAAUUAUACAAGUGUUUUCCUCUGUUUCUUUCCAAAAUGUUUACAACUUGAAGGGGCAUAACGGAAGAAUAACUAGUUUAGCUUGGUCUGCCAAUGAUUUGACAUUGGUAUCAUGUGGCACGGAGGGAGCCGUAUAUGAAUGGAACAUGUCUUCUGGCCAAAGAGUUGGUGAAGUUAUACUUAAAACGAAUCAGUUUAACGCGUGUGCAGUAAAUAGCAAUGGGAAAACCACAUAUGGCGUGGGCACUGACGGAGAAAUUAAGGAAAUUGGUUCGAAUACAAUCCGCAGAAAUUUAGGACUUAUUGGUUGCGCGCUGGAUACAAUAGUGCUGUCACGUUCGGAUUUAAUGCUAUUUAUUACGGGUGGCGAUGGUGGAGUUGCUGCAGUUCAAUUACCUCUGCUAGACAAGGCUAUCUAUAAUGAAUUCCAUAUGCACAAUAAAAAAGUGAUUGGAAUCGCUUUAUCGUAUGACGAUCAAACUUUAGUAUCAGUAGCCGAAGAUUCCUCUAUCUGUUUAUGGAGACUGACUAAUGCUGAUGGGCGAGCUAUAGCAUUAGACAAAGAUUUUGCAUAUUCUAAGGAGAUUUUAAUAAGUAAGAAGGAUUUGCAAGAGAAAAUUAAUAGCAUAAAUUUGCUUAGUACGAGGAUGGGUGAACUGGAAACCGAACACACAUAUCAACUUCGUCAAGCAGAAGCUACGCAAGCUGAAAAAUUAAAAGAAGUACAUGAAGGUUACUGUGCAGCUAUCGAAGAACUAAAAGAGAAGAACGAGCAAAUGGAAAACGAACACUCUCACGAAAUAGGAAUGAUACAACAAGAUAUUGCGAAACUAAGAUCUGGUCAUGAACGAACAUUACAAGCUUUGGAAGCAGAUUUUAAUAUAAGACUUAUAAGCGAAUAUGAUAGGUAUCAGAGCCUUGAAGACAAAACAGCUCGCAUGAGAAAGGAAUAUGAACAAAGAUUGGAAGAUUUAGCAGAAAGCAAGAGACAAGCUCUGAGACAGAUAAAUGAAAUGUUUGAAGUGAGGCUGGAAGAAAAAGAUGUAAUGCUUCAAGAGUUACAAGAGCAAGCGGAAAUGGAAAAAAGAGAGCACGAAACAAUAAAGUCUUCCAUAGAAGAAGAUGCAGAUCGUGAAAUUAUAGAAAUAAGAACAGCAUACGAGGUUCAACUUAAAGAAGAAAAAGAUGCGAACGUAAGAUUAAAAGGAGAGACUGGUCUUAUGAAAAAGAAGCUGAUUUCAGCACACAAAGAAAUUGAUGAAUUCAAGCAUCAAGUAUCACAGCUUAAAGCUGAACAUAAGCAGUUCCAAAAAGUUAUUUCCACUCUGGAACGAGAUGUAGCUGACCUCAAAAAAGAAAUAUCUGAAAGAGAUGGUACAAUUCAAGACAAAGAAAAGAGAAUAUAUGAACUAAAGCGUAAGAAGCAAGAAUUAGAAAAAUAUAAAUUCGUAUUAAACUUCAAAAUAAUGGAGUUAAAAAACCAGAUAGAACCCAAAGAAAGGACUAUUCGAGAGUUGAAGGUUCAAAUAGAUGAUAUGGAGAACGAAGAACUUAAGUUAUUGAAUACUAAACAUGAUCUCGAACUCAAGAUCAAUCAGCUGAAUGAAAAACUAACAUCAGCUAAGAAAGAUUUCCUACAUGAAGCUGAUCGAAAUUUAACUUUGAAAAACACCUUAAAGAAAAUUAAAAUUGACCUGCAUAAUAUGACUGCUAACUUUCAAGAUCCUACACAGUUGAAACUGAGCGUGAAGGCCCUGUUCCAAAAAUAUGUGGAGGAUAUCGACUUCUUACGCAGUCGAGUAGCUGAAGACGAGGCUAUUAGAGAGUUCAAUCGCCAACGGGAACACCUCGAGAAGCAAUUGGCUGGACUCAGAACGCAAUUAUCAAAGUCGCUGGGUGGCUCGAAGAGCGAUAUUAGGAAAAUUAUGGACGAGAAUUGCACUCUGCUAGGGGAGAUAAACAAUUUGAGAAUAGAAUUGAAGUCUACGAGGACUCGCUGCUUUCAAAUGGAGUCUAUACUCGGUCUCUCUGCGCGCUAUAUUCCCCCAACCACCGCCCGCGCCAAACUGAAGCACGUUACCGAGGAUCGCGAAAAACUUGACGAGAAGUUUAAGCAGAAAAUUGAGGAAAAAGAAGAAAUCAUUGUUGCUCUGAAGGAAGAAAAUGAACGUCUACUUGGCAAGGUCAGAUGCUUGGACGACGAGGCUACUGGAUUUUCGCAGCCGCAAAAUUUUAAUGCUGGAUAUGCAUCAGGCAUGAAUAUAGAAUAUGCACCGACUCAAGAUGAUAAUACUCAAGAUGUAUCGACCGAGUAUCCACGUGAUCCAAUUUCGUGAACAACGCUUAGAUUGGAAUAGGAUUUUUUUAGAUGGUAGGAAAAUUCCACACUCUCUUAAGUUUGUUUAGUAUGAUGUUAAAAACUUUUUCACGGAACUUAAUAUUAGCUGCGAUUAAAAUAUAUAGAAAAUGCACUGAGGAAACGGUAUGGCUGCCUGGUAAGGAUCGUAUUGAGACAUGGAUUCAAAUGACUCAACAACUCAGAACAUAUUGUCCCCGAGUUUAUAUAUCUUGAUUAAUAAAAUGAGA